GUUUAUCAAAUAUCGUGACUUUUUUUUGUUUUACUGUGAAUAUUUAUUAUUUGCAGGUUUUUAUUACAGUACUAGACUAUAGUACACGGCAAUAAUGUCGUUGUACGAUGAUCUUGAUACUAUAAAGGCCCGCACCACUGAAAAGGUGGCCGGUUGGUCUUCGGGAAUAAAACUAUUACAAUCACAACUACAAUUAAAGAAAGCCGCUGUAACUCAGCCCAAGCGAGAAGCUUUGAGACGUUCCAACCAGGUUCUGACUCCAGUAAUAGACCUUAAGAGUAAACAAAGAGAUGAUGAGGACACAAGCUCAAACAGUCCACAAAUGCAGCCCAAUACAUUGAUGGCUUCGCUUAAUGUUCGUGACUUUGACUGGAAUGUGGCUAAUGAGUAUGAUCCUAUGUGGCCUAAUGACUAUGAAAAGGUUGCCAAAGAAAUGCAGGCUAAGCGGCUACAGCUUGAUGGAACUGACAGAAGUGACAGAUCAGAAAGAAAGCGCAAGAGUAGGUUUGGAGAUGAUGAGGAUAUCACACCUGAAAAGACUUUGAUACCUAUGCAACCUGAAGAAGAAGAACAAGAAGAAAUAUCAAAACGCGCAGCUGGCGCUGCGAUUGCGCCACCCCCCUCAUUGACUACGGAGACUCCCUCUCCGCCGCCUGCAGCCGUGUCAUCCUCCCCCGCGCCUUCUUCAGGCUUCUCACUUGGUGGAUAUGGUGCCAGCUCAGUUGCUGCUAAAAUUAUGGCCAAAUAUGGCUUUAAGGAAGGUCAAGGCUUAGGCAAGAAAGAGCAAGGCAUGUCAGUGGCCCUCCAAGUAGAGAAGACUUCUAAGAGAGGAGGUCGUAUUAUACAUGAAAAAGAUGGCACUGUUAUGCCUCCACCAGGGUUUGCAAUACCUUCACUGCCUGGACCAGAUUCUCCUAAUGCUGCUUCUAAUUCACCACAAAUGAAACAAGAACCAUCUAUUACUGAAAUAAUGAAAUCACCUAGUAAAGUUGUUUUACUCAGAAACAUGGUAGGACCAGGUGACGUAGAUGAAGAAUUAGAACCCGAAGUUAAAGAUGAAUGUAACACGAAAUAUGGAGAAGUAGUGAGGGUUAUGAUCUACGAGAUACCAAAUGUACAAUCAGAAGAAGCAGUCAGAAUAUUUGUGGAAUUCAAGCGCAUUGAAAGCGCCAUCAAGGCUGUUGUGGACCUAAACGGAAGAUUCUUCGGUGGAAGACAAGUUAAAGCUGGCUUUUAUGACGUUGAAAAGUUUGCUUCAUUACAGUUGGCUGAGUAGCAUAAUUUAUACAAUAAACGGGCAUACUUACUACAUAA